AACUGUCUUCGCGCCGUAUCCGACCGUUCCCCAGGACCUCCUGAGCUACAGAGACCGUAUAGACUGACGCCAUUGUCCCUCUCCUCCCAGCAUGGCAAUCAAGCCCGAGUGUUCUACCGUACCGGCAUGCAACUCGGGCCGUCACAAACCAUCGGAAGCCCCGCCCAGGCGCACAAUCGAGAAGCGCCACGACACGCAGUUCAAUGAUACGUUUACCGAACUACGUGAUAGUAUCUCCAGUAUGAGAGUUAUAAUGGCAAAGGAAGGAGAGGAGAGUGCAAUGAAGGAUCCGCAAGAAGUAACGCCUAAAUUGAUAGGAGAUGAGGAGGCCAUUAUAUGUAUGGCGAGAGAGUAUAUUGCGCUCCUCGAGGAGAGAAACAGAUCUCUCGUAGAAGAACAUACAGUACUGCAGUCGACAAUUGCUGCGUUUGAAAUGUUAUUUCCACGUUACUGAUCUUCCAAUGCAUGCUUUGCGCAUCGACAUGGUCAGUGUUAACGUGGAUAUCGCGGCGGGUGAUGAGAGACUUCUAGGACCGCCAGGGCGAUUGGGGGCAGCCGAGGCA